AUGAACGACGAUUACGAGGUGGAGGACAAAGCCUUGGGCAUGAGAUUUUGCUCCGAGUGUAACAACAUGUUGUACGCAAGAGAAAACCGAUUAAAUAAGACUUUAGAAUUUAAAUGUAGACACUGUGAUAACAGAGAAGCGGUAGAUACAUCCGAUUAUGUUGUAUAUAAAAACGAUAUCAAAGCCGCCAAGGAUAUCCAAUGGAGUAACAUUGAUUGGGCAGAACUAACCAAAGAUCCGACCCUUCCUAGAGGUACUGUAGGUGUGGGUGCCUGCAAAAACUGUGGUAACGGCGAAGUUGUGUAUUUACAAACAGGAUUUGGUAUCAUCAAGGAAAACCAAGGUGGUAUGAAUUUGUGGCUAAUAUGCACCAGAUGUAAUAAUCGUUGGAAAAAUCAGCUAUAG